AUGGCAAUUAGGUGUUUAGCCGUGUUCCUCGUUGCUCUCACGGUGGCUCAGUCCGUCACCGCCACAAGACCGGCACCGUCCAAGAAUGUCGGAGCUGGUCUUGACGACCAAAAGAACUUUGUUGCGUUUGCUGGCGUCGGUGGAGCUGCUGGAGUUGGUGGUGUGGGAACAGGUCUUGGUGGUGUAGCCGGUGGAGUUGGUGGUGUAGCCGGAGUUCUGCCUGUAGGUGGAGUAGGCGGGGGAAUUGGUGGUCUAGGAGGUGUAGGUGGUCUCGGUGGUGUAGGUGGUCUAGGCGGUGGUUCAGGUCUCGGUGGUGGAAUAGGCGGUGGUUCAGGUCUUGGUGGUGUAGGUGGACUCGGCGGUGUAGGCGGAGUUGGUGGUUUGGGAGGAAUUGGCGGUGGAAGCGAUUGCGGUGGCGUUCUUCCUCACCCUUGA